UUGUUCUUUAGAAAGAAGAAGCUGCGAUUGUCAUCAGCGUCACUGUUGAAGUCGGCAUUUCCCAAAUUGUGUUAUUCGUGUUUGUCACUACCAAUUUAGCAAUAUGAUGAAAAACAAGUUGAUUGCUCUCAAGCAUCCUACACCUGAUAAUCUCGACUGCAAUGACAGGAAAGUUUUCGCUAGUACAGUUCUAUGGCUGGAGGACCAGAAAAUUCGUGAAUACAGGAUUGAAGAUAGGGAAGGUCUCCGUCAAGUCGACUCAGCGGAUAAGUGGGAAAAAGCAUAUACGGCCUAUAAACAGGAUGUUGGCAUGCCAAAAUUGACGACUCCCGUGGAGGAGCUAUCAUGGUUACUCAGUUACGCAGUACGAUUGGAAUAUUUAGACGAUCCCGAUAAAUAUAAGGAUUUGAACUCGAAAGAAAUCCUCGCGAAGAAUAGCAAGUCACAGGAGCCGACAAUAAAAGCGCAGAAUUCCUUCGAUAAAUUAGAUUUUAAUCACAAGGACUUCAUCGCCGGGGUACGAACUCUAGCGUCGAAGCUAGGUAUCACCAACCACCCCGAUCAUCUUGUGCUACUUGAAGCUGUAGCACGGGUGGUCCACGAACGAUUAAGUGCUCAGGCAACUAAGAGUCCGGCGAUAGAGGGAAAGCCAUUCCCAUUCGAGAAGGGGAAUGAUGUGAUUACCGAUGAGAAAGCGCUGGACAAAGCGGCCCGCAUAUUACGACUCUUACAAAUCCAUACGUUGCGUGAGCUGCAGACGAAAAUCAACGAGACAAUCGUCGCUGUCCAAGAUCUGACUGCCGAUCCCAGGACUGACACGAAGCUCGGAAAAGUCGGUUUCUAGAAACUUUCAAUGUGAAUUCUCUUUUCUUUCCUUUAUCGUAACUUAUUUUUAUAAAAAAUUGUCGAUGGCGGUCUCCAAAGCUACCUCGAUGGUAAUAAAGAUUUAAUAUUGGCACA